AAUAGUACCAAGGAAUUCUUUCCCUUGAAUUUAGUUCCUUGUCCCUCUGUUUAGCUAUGGCUUAUCCUUGCUCAGCCAUAUUAUUUGUCUUCCUAGUGAUGAUGGAAGUACUACUCAGCAGUGGAGACUUAACCUCUGAAUUCAUGGAUUCAAGAGCAGCUUAUUAUGGAUCACCAGACGGCCUAGGAACUUCCAGUGGCGCUUGUGGAUAUGGGGACUACGGGAGAGACGUCAAGGGUGGAGAUGUUGCAGCCGCAAGUCCAUUAUUAUACAGAAAUGGUGCUGGAUGUGGCGCUUGCUAUCAGGUGAAAUGCAAAAAUUUGGAUCUCUGCUCCCCCACUGGAGUAACCCUAGUAGUCACAGAUCAUGGACAAGGCGAUCGAACAGAUUUCAUUAUGAGUCCUCACGCUUUCACGACUAUGGCCAGGGAGGGGAAAUAUGAGCAACUUAAGGCUUUGGGUGUUGUUGACAUUGAGUACAAAAGAGUGGCUUGCGACUAUCAAGGGUACAAUAUCUGGUUCAAGAUUAACGAGAGCAGCAAUUACCCCUAUUAUCUAUCUUUAGUGAUGCUGCACCAAGGAGGUGAAAUAGAUAUAGUGGCUGUUGAACUUUCUGAGGAUAAAACAUCUGGUUGGAAAGCGAUGCGAAGGAGUUAUGGGACUGUUUGGGACAUAGUAAUGUCGCCUCCCAAGGGUAAUCUCGCUCUUCGCUUUCAACUGUCAGGAGGAGAAUGGAUUUAUGCUCGAAACCCUGUACCCUCUAAUUGGAAGGCUGGCGCUUCAUAUGACUCUGGCGUUCAGAUCAAAUACUGAUCAUUUGAACAACUAUAUAACUCGGUGGCGUUUAAUCUAAAUAAAAUUGACGCAGGGAGAUCCAAUGCCAUCAUCUAUCCUCCUGCAUUUGCUUCCAAGAAUAUAACCUCCCCUAUAUAAUGUUUUGAAAAGUAGUGAGAGUGUCUCGCUCUUUUUUAUGUGUGCUCUAAAAAUCAUAGA